GCUUUGAUUUAUCUGAGGAAAAGAAGGCGGGCUCUUGACUUCCUUUCUGUCGCGCGCGAAAUCAGGUCGGUGCAGGAAGCCUGGAAAAGUGCACGACUUUCUAAAUCAUCAAUUGUCGCAAUCUGAAAACAUCUACAUUAAAAUGGCAGAUCCGAAGGACACACCAGAGGAGCAUGAAACUACAUCUACAGAAAAUGUAGAUGACACAAACCAUGACCCCCAUUUUGAGCCCAUUGUGUCAUUACCAGUACAAGAUGUGAAGACACUUGAGGAAGAUGAGGAGGAGAUUUUUAAAAUGCGAGCAAAGCUCUACCGUUUUGCUAGUGAAAAUGAACCACCAGAAUGGAAGGAGCGUGGUACAGGUGAUGUGAAACUCUUGCGACACAAAGAUAAGGGUUCCGUUCGUCUACUGAUGAGGAGAGACCGCACUCUCAAGAUCUGUGCCAACCACAACGUUAUGCCCUUGAUGGAGUUGAAACCCAAUGCUGGCAGCGACAGGGCCUGGGUGUGGAACACACAUGCUGACUUUGCAGAUGAGGAACCCAAACCAGAACUUCUGGCACUAAGAUUCCUAAAUGCGGAAAAUGCCCAAAAGUUCAAGGCAAAGUUUGAUGAGUGCAAAGAAGAAGUUAGAAAAUUCCUAGAAGAUGAAGAACUAUCUGCUGGCGACAAGGAUGGUGCAGAUAAAGUGGCAGACAAACUGGAGGAACUCUCAGUAAAAGAGAACAAAGAUGACACCAAGACAUCAGGUGGGCAGAAGGUGGAGGAAGUGAAGGCUGAGGAAGUGAAAGCUGAGGAAGAGAAGAAAUGAAAUCUGGACGGCGGCUUCACUCAGAUCUUCAACUUGUCAUUUUCCCCCUUUUUUCUACAAUAGACUCUGAAACUGAAUUUGGACUCUUGCUAUUUGGUUUGACUUUUUGUUUUUGUUUAUUUUAUUUGUUUGCCUUUUGAGAUCACAAGACCUUCGUGCCACUCUUCAACAAAUGUGUCCAUUCCUAACUCAAGAUGUUUAGUACUUAUCUUGCCCUCUUCACCUGCCCUGGUUUCUUAAUGGUGAAAAUAAAGUUGUUACAUUCUUGCCAUCUGUAACUCAAAGUAUCGACAAGACAUGCUGUGAAAUGAGGCUUGUGGUAUUGAUCGAUUCCCACAUUGGGUAAUGUUUCUUUUUCUUUUUUCUUUUUUUAUAAACAUUCUAAAGUAGCUGUGAGUGCUGUUAAGAUUGGGUGUAAGCAGUGUGGGUGGAUUCUAGGUAGACCAUUGAGCUUUCUCAAAUUUGGAUGCAGGAUAUUAUACAGGGAAUAUAGCAGUCCCAAGAGGUUUUCUUGAAUUCGGGGGGUGGUCAUUUUUUCUCUGCCUAGGGAUGGAAGACUUUAGAACAAAAGUACAGUUUUGCCCUCAAAUCGCAUCAGUGGAUCUUGGGCUGACAACACCCAAAAUGUUUUUGCUUUUGCCUUUCUAUGAGGGGCAGAAGUUUUAUUUAAUAACGGUUUGUGUAAGUUUUGAUGACCAAUGCAGUCUCAAACUUGAGUUGAAAUGCAUUUUGGGGCAGAGGGCACAUAGACACAAUUCUGUUGGCACUCCAGAUCUUAGAUUGUUUUGGCAUUCCAGUUGCAUCUGUAAAUAAGUGUACAUGGAUAAAAGACUUACUUUUGAUCUGUGCUUUUAUGGUUCCUCACCAUUUUAAACAACCAAUGAAGAUGUCCGGUCUCUUUCCAUUCCGUUUGGUGGAGGGGGAAAAUAAAUGACACUAUUUUGAAAAUCAUAAUUCAGACCUUUUGAACUAAAACUUGGAUCAUGUCCCAAAAAGUUCUUUUGGGAUUAUAUAGUCAGUACAGUUGAGGCUGGUCUUAUUUCUUGCUCAAGUCAUUAUUUGAAUAGCGUUUCCCAUGCUAUUAUUUACUCAAUCGUUUGCCUAAUGAUAGUACUUUUGGUAACGACUGUAUAAUGUAUUCUCCAUGGCAUUUUGAUUGAAGUCUCACUUUUUAUGGCCGUAAUAUCUGACAUGAUAUGUACGAAAGAGUGGUGAAUGAACAGAAUUAAAGAAUGAUGCAGCAUCUAUGUGA